AUGGGAUUCCUCAGUCACCGCAGACGUCAUAUCGAGGUCCAGCCAGAACAGAAAUGGGACUUUAUCAGUCUCAACGACUUCAAAUCCACCUCUGUCUUCACGCCAGUGGCCUACGGUUAUCUCUGGUUUUCACUAAUCAUUUCGCUCGCCGUCUAUGCAGUCGAUAUAUUCACCGCCUACCAGCUUCUUGCCUUUAACCGUUGGUCUUCACAAAUUGAGCCCGCUCAGUUUAUCCCCUUCGACAUCUCGAAAUGGAUCUUUACCGUUUGUAUUCUCCUUUCCUUCGCAAAUCUGGCAUACGAGUAUUUCCGCGCCAUAACCAUUAUGCGCCGAGGAAGCGUCGCCGAAUGUUUCCUGGACAGUCUUGCUGCCCGCCUCGAGAGCAUUCGGAUGGGAGAAGGCCGAGGUUGGAAGAGAUUCUUGGUCUUUGCGGAGCUCACCAGGAGUAAAAAGGGCGCCGAAUACAUCGCCCUGUUUACCUUCUUCAGCUUUCAAUCUUGGAUUCGCGUCCUUCUUUGCUCUGGGCCUCGCCAAGCCAUCAACGCACUCACUCUCUACUCGGUUUACGAUGCGCGGCUCCAGAUCAACCAAUCCAGCUUCGAGACCUCGCUCGCCGACUUUUUUGACAAGAUCAAAGCUCUGGCAACCGAGGAGCCUCGCCAGGCCGUGAUCCUUUCCGGCAUGCUGUUCACGCUCGUCAUCUGGGUCUUCUCCUUCCUCUCAUUACUCCUGGCCGCUCUGUUUUUCGUCUUUUUCCUGUGGAGCUACAUCCCGCGCGAGGAUGGCGGCUUGACUGGCUUCUGUGAGCGCAAAGUCAACAAGCGCCUCAAACAGAUCGUCUCAAUCAAGAUCAACAAGGCCAUGGCCGAGGAAGAGCGAAAGAGGAAAAAGGCGGAGCUCAAGGCAGCCAAGAAGAACGGUGGGGACAGGCCGGUGACGAUGAAGCCAUCCCUCCCCGUUCUCGACGACGACGAUCUCCCCCAGAUGCCAACCUUGAACCGUGCCGAUACCUUCGCUUCGUUCACCGAGAAGCCUUCCCGUCCAAGCAGCCCUGGCAGUUUCGAAAUGAACUCACUUGGUCGAAGGCCGCCAAUGCCAACGAGGUCGGAAACCAAACGCACAACAGGGAGCGAAUACUCUGUCGAGACCUCGCUCCUUGGAAGCGCAGCCGGGAUGGGUAUGGCUCCUCCCAGAUCCUCGACACCCACCUUGCCUCCGCUCGACCUCGACGGGUAUCCGCCCGCGCGAACGGCAACCACGUCGUCCAACAGGAGCUACGGGCCCGCUCCCCAUAUGCAGCGGAUGGCUUCGAAUGGUUCGUCGCUACGCGACUAUACAGCAAGCCCCGCAAAUUUCACGUCGGAGACGAUGCCAUCUGAGCCGCCUCCCGUCAAGUCACCCACGGGAUCUUUCAACUACAGCGGGCCUGGUCCGAAUCAGCCCCGGUUGCCCUAUCCAGGCGACGGCAGACCACCCCAACGCGGCGAUACCCGUUCUCCACAUCCCGGAGAUAGCAGGUUCCCCUAUGCCGAGGGCAACAGGUUGCCACAGCGCCAUGACACUCGGUCGACCCAUCCUAACGACAUGAGAUUACCGUACCCUGGAGACAGCAACGGAGCGGCCUUUGACAAUCGGUUGAAUGGCCGUGCUAGUCCCGCUCCGUCAAUGAACACUUAUCGCAGCAAUCCGAUGUCACCGCGCGGGCCGGGGCCAGGCGGGCACCCAAUCCGCAGCGCCACAAAUCCCAUGGCCCCACAAGGCCAGCCUCAAUUCCCUCCUUCCAGAGCAAUGACCCAACCGAUGCGGCCCUUCCACCAACCAACUGAUAGCCGCGGCUCGCUGAGAAGCAAUCAGAGCUCCAGCCGACCAUUCCAACCCUUCCAGCCGUAUCACCAGCCGAGCGCUAGCAACAGCUCGCUGAGGAAUAUGAUCAAUGCUGUACAGUACGGUGGGGACAAUGGCAGUGAGUAUGGCGGUACUGCGAGUCGACCGAACCAGCAGACCAGAAACGACCCCUGGGGACAUCGUGGUGGGUAUGGUGAGAGCAACGGCAACGGCAACGGCAACGACUCAUGGAGCCAGGAUCUUGAAAGAGGCGGCGGGCCGAGGUAUUGA